CAUCUCGCUAAUCUGGAGGUAAAAUGGCGUCGGGUGCCAUUUCAACAGAUUCAAAGAAAAUAACAGAAUUAAGAGUUGUUGACCUUAAAUCCGAGCUCAAGAAAAGGGGCUUGGACACAUUUGGUGUAAAAAGCGUUCUUCUUUCAAGACUGAAACAGGCUAUUGAAGAUGAAGGUGGUGAUCCAGAGUACAUUCAGACAUCGCCGUCAACUGAUACACCUUCAAGGUUAAGUGGAAAAAGCAAAGGGAAGAAAUCCGAUUCGGAUUUGGAAAACACAGCAGAUGAAGACAGUUGUUCCAAGGCUAAUGAAGAUGAAGGUGGUGAGCUAGAGUACAAUCAGACUCCGCCAUCAACUGAUGCAUCGACAACAAUAAAUGAGAAAGUCCAAGAAAAGAAAUCCGAUUCAGAUUUGGAAAACACAGCGGAUGAAGACACAUUUUCCAAGGAAGUUGAGGAGUCUGAAUCUGAAAAGGAUGUAACUGAUACAGAUGACGCUAGUCGCGAAAAUUCUAAGCCUCCACCCUGUGAGGACAGCCUCGCUCAUUCUGAGGCUGAAGCAGAGUCUGAAACCGUGGCGGCUGAGGCCGACUCAGAGCCUGAACCAGAGGAGAACGCAGAGGCUGACGAGGACGUAGACCGAGAGGCUGAGACCGAAGAAGCCGAGAGGGAUCCUGAAACAAUGAGCUCCUCUAGAGAAGCAGAGGAUGAUCACCUGUCUGUCUCAAUCCAAAACGAAGACACCCUCACCCUGGAUGUUGAAGGUGAUGACCUCCUGGAAACAGGUAAACAUGUGAGACUUCCAGAUCCAGAGGCAGAGAAGAGCACUGAGACCUGUGCUGAGAUGGGUCCAGAUGAUGACAUGAAGGAAGAAGACAUGGAGGACCACAAAGAUGGUAAGGACGACGAAGGAGCCAUGAAGAAAGACGCCAGAGACGCCAUGACGGAUGCUGAAACCGAAGAUAAAGAAAUGGAUUCUGGGAAGAAAGGCCAAUCUACUACAGGGGCCUUGGGUCAAGAUAAGAGCUCUUCAAGAGACAAAGAUGGAAAAUCUGCAAAGGAUGAAAAAGCUGUCAGCAGCUCUUUUCGUAACCUAUGGGUGAGCGGUCUGUCCUCGAACACCAAGGCAGCUGAUCUGAAGAACCUGUUUGGCAAAUAUGGGAAGGUGCUCAGUGCUAAAGUGGUAACAAACGCUCGCAGUCCUGGUUCAAAAUGUUACGGCUUAGUGACGAUGUCCUCCAGCGCUGAAGUGGCGCGCUGCAUCUCCCACCUUGACUGUACUGAGCUCCAUGGACAACAGAUAUAUGUUGAACGGGUCAAAAAUGAUCCACUGAAAAAAGAGCCCUCAAAGAAAGAAGCGGAGGACAAAGCAGUGUCUGGCAAGUCGAAUAUUAAGCACAGUUUGACUGGGACUAAACAGACAAACAAUNGCUCUGACGAUGAUUCAAAGAAAGACGACAGAAAGCGUGGACAAACAAAGAGUCCAGGAAAGACGGCAGCAGAAGAUCCUCCUACUGGAGAGGAGAGCUUUGGCAGAAGGCCUUUUAGAACCGGAAGAUAUUUUAAUAAUAGAACAGGAAGAUAUUUCAAUAAACCCUAUGGGAACACUUACUUGGAUAAGCGUCCAAGGUGGUUGAUCCCUCCUGAAGAGGUACAAAUGCUGAGAGAGAAGCGGCAAGCCUUUUUCAACAAAGGGGUAGAUAGUGAUAUUCUGCCCUUUGACAAGUUUAAGGAGCAGAAGGACCAGAGGACGCGUGAACAAAUCGAGCGCUUCCAGAGAGCGGCUGAGCUGCGCAGGCGCCGUGAAAUAGCAGAACAAGAGCGGAGGGAGCGCGAGAGAGUCCGUCUGAUGCGUGAACGGGAAGAACGGGAGAUCCUGCUCCGGGAGCGCCAAAGGCUGGAGAUGGAGAGACAAAAACUGGAAAGAGAGCGCCUGGAGAGAGAGAGGCUCGAGAGGGAGAGGAUUCGCAUAGAGCAGGAACGUCGUAAGGAGGCUGAGCGCAUGGCACGUGAACGAGAGGAGCUUCGGCGGCAGCAGGAGCAGCUGCGUUUUGAACAAGAGAAGAGAAAUAACCUGAAAAGGGGUCGUGAGGUGGAACACGGCCGGCGUGAUGAUCCCUACUGGAACGGCAAUAAAAAGAUGCAUUCUGAGCCAGAGGUCCACCUGAACCAAGGCUCCAACUACAACCGACCGCAGAAUCGCUUCCCCAGCGUAAAUCCUCGGGAGAGGGGCCGUUUCUCAGACGCUGGCCAUCAGCCUAACACGUUUGACAGGCGCAAUAAAUAUGAGGGCGAACCAGAGGCAAAGAAGAGUCGUCCAGCUCCUCACAGAGAGGGCUCUGGCUUCGAGAGAUACCCCAAGAACUUUGAUACCGUCCGCAGACCCGAGCCACCUCCCCGUGGUGACACUGACCGCAGAGAAAGAGACGAGAGGCGCCCUCCGCCUAUACAUGAUCGCCCUGUGGGAGCAAGAGCUCCAAUCACUGCUGCGUCACACAACCGCCCACUGAGGGAUGGACCAGGGUGGAAGAAUGAUGGAGGGAUUAAUUCCAACAAGGGAGAUAUGAGAGGGCCGAUGCGCAUGCGGGAAGAUCGUCCAGGCAGGGACAGCGGAAGGAGUGGCUUUAAUAACAGAGGUCAACCCAUCGGCAUCAAUGAUCAGCCGUUCAGCUCUGGCCGGCAGGUAGUGGUGGAGCGUCACAGCAGGGAGCAAGUACCGAGGAAGGAGUGGCAUGGUGGAUCAAGCUCUCAAGGAGUCUUUCCUGAUAAUCGCAGGAUGGAAAACAGUCGUGGGAUGAUGCCUACCUCCAGCCAUUCUUCGGGAUUGAGCCGGAUUGUACAGAUCACCAGCAACCCUAUUUCCAGCAGCGGCACCGUGGGAGGAUUCAAGGCUUUUAAAGGAGCGUCGCGGCCCUUCUGAGUUCAGCUAUUUAAAGGAUUUAAUAUUGGAAGACUUUUUGUUCUCCCGAACACUCUGAUUUUUAAAAUGACUGUUUUGGGCAGCGCAUCAGCAGCCCUGUUUUAGUCUAUACAGUCUUUACGUCAGUGUGGAUCCUGAUAGUUUUGUUGUUACCACCAAAACGUUUUAACAUUUCUGAGGUUGCUGCACAUCCCUGUCUCCUAGUAUCAAGCUUUCCAGUGAUGAUGUAGGAUUCCUCCUAUCGUUAGUGGUUGUAUUUUUAGUAGUUUUCCCGUGUAAUCUUUUUGUUUCAGUGUAUUAUAUAAUCCAAAAUACUAAGGAUUUCUGACAGAUGUGGAUGUUUCUCUGAGAUGGAUGACAGUUUUUUUUUUUUUUUUUUUUGAGAAGUCUUAUUUAAUGAAGGGGAUAUUUUGUAAAGCCAAACUAUGUUUAAACAGGAGAGUUGAGCUGUUUAAAUGCUCUCUUUGAUGGCUACAGAUUAGGUAGCGGAUACCAGAGGACAAACUUAACUGUGUACAGGUCUUGCUAAGAAAAAAAAUGAGAAGAGAACAUUUGUUUUGUUUGUAAUUCAACUCUGGACAUUUUCAAAUAUAAUUGUAAUCAGUUUUCAGCUGGGCUGUUUUUACCUUUCCCCGUUGAAGCCACUCCUCUCUGGUCACUGAACUCUGUAAACAGCCACAUUCCUCUGCUGAAGGUAGAAUCUGAAAAGUUUGGUACAAUAUUAAAACUACCUGAAGCUUGUAUUUCAUGUAUUUCUGUUGUCAUUUUAGUGCUUCUAUGUAAUCUCUGAACUUUAAUUUUAAUAAUUUUGGUUGUACCGGUAGAGAUCUGGCAUCUGAUGUUUUUCACUCAGUUCAUUGUAUCCUUGACUACACACCUGAUGUUAUUGAAAUACAAAUUCAAUAAGAAAAGUGACUUUUUUUUUUUUUUUUUAAAGAAACUCAUAUAAUCAAUAUAUACAUUUGAUAAAAAGACAGUAAAUGCACAUUUCAGUUUGUGUUUUACAUGACGAUCUGAAAAUAAACUAGUCUCCCAAGUUCUAAAAUGUAUAUCUCAUUUAAUACUUAAACUGAUGAUUCAGUUGUCUAUAGGUGACUUCUUCAGUACGGUUAACAUUUCUCUGAAUGACUGUAGAGGUCUAAUCUGUAUGGAGUUGCAUGUUAUCUCCAUAGAAUUUGCAGGUACCGUGACCUUCUUCCACACUCCACAAACAUUACUGUUAGGGUUAACUAGUCUUUCUAAAUUGUCCCAUAGAGCGAGAGUCCAUUUAUGUUUGGCUGUGCUGUUACCCUGUGAUGAACUGGUAACGUGUGUCACCAAAUAACCACUGGAUAUAUGCACCAGCUCCUUCAAAUCCUUGCAAGGAUAUUAUAGACUGUGGAUAAAAAAAAAAGUUAAUUUAUUCCAGCUGAGAACAUAUAACUUAAUUUUGUUAUAGUACUAACAAAAAAGCACAGUGCUCUGGUAUUAUAACUGCUCCCAUUUAUGUAGCAGAUUUGGCCUCUUUAAAAGAACAUGCCUCUACUUAAAGAUGAGCCUUUUUUUUGUCAUUAAGGGCGGGAUACGACCAACAGCUCUUGGGUUUGACCCCUGCGCUUUAAAGCAUAAAAGUAAAUCUGCCUAGAAAAAACCUUAUGCUGUUUGGUUUUCAAAACAUGACACUUUAAUUGGCUAUGAAUUUCUACUUUGGUCUCAUCAGUACAGUGCACAUCAUUUCAGAAGCCUAGCAGUUAAUUCUAAUGCAGGUUUCAUGACUCAAACUACUUUUUUUGUUAAAGGCGUGCCUACCCAACAAGCAAUGCAUUAUUUUCCCUAUUUUGUUUUAAGCCACUAGAAUAAGUGUCAUGUGGCUUUUACCUUUAUAGGUUUUUAUCCCUGAGCUUUCUGUCUUUGUUUGAAACUGUUGGGGUCUGUUCUUGUUUUCUACCAUCAUACGUCUCUGUAGAAAAUGUAGUUAAAAUGCUCUGAAUA